ACCAGAGACUGAACAAACUGAUCCAGAAGUUCUGAUUAUGUGCCAGGGACAUACCAGGGACCACUCUAGUUCUGGUUCUGUACAGAGGAAUAACUCUAAAUCUGGUUCUGUACUGGGAGAUAAUUCUUUUUCUUGUUUGUACUACGGUAUAAUUCUAGUUCCAACCCAGUUUACAGAUUUCAAGCUGUUCCGGGUUCUGAAGCUGGCACCGGUGUGCAGGAAGUUCCUCUUUCUUUAAACACUGGUUGUUCUGUUACAUAAGCCACUUUCUGAGGAGGGAGGAGCAGACUCCAGCUGGACGGGUUUUUCAGGUUUAUCAGAAACCUGACAGCCGUCCAAUCAGAACAGCUGGGUCACAGGUAACCUCACCUGCCUCUCCUUUUUCUCUGUCUGAUCGGAUCCUCAGAUUUCAGCUCCAGGACUUCCUCUUAUUCUCUGGGUCAGCAUCCUCAGGUGGACAAUGAGCUGGGUGGUGUCCACGCAGCCGCAAACAGUCAGCACCUUCAACGCAGCAGCUGAUUGGUCGUCAGGGAUCUGCGACUGCUGCCAGGACAUGAAUCAGUGCUGCUUCGCCUUCUGGUGCUUCCCCUGCUUCGCCUGCAAGACCAGCAAGGACUUCGGUCAGUGUCUCUGUCUGCCGCUGCUGGAUGUCUUCGGCUGCUUCAUCCAUCCCAUCACCAUGUCCAUGAGGGUGUCCAUGCGGCACGUCUACGGCAUCAGAGGCAGUCUGUGUGACGACUGUUUGUGCUCCACCUUCUGCGUCUCCUGCGUCUGGUGUCAGAUGGCCACAGAGAUUAAAAAGAGGCAGAUCCCCACCAUGCUGAGUGACAUCAUUAGCAGCCGAUGAUGUCACAGCUCCCAGCUGUCCUGAUUGUCAACAGUUUGACUUUCUUUUUCCUGUGUUUACAUGUUUACUGAACAUCUUUCUGAACCGUCCAUCAUGUUUACUUCGGCUUGUUGCUCCAACAUGUUUUUAAUUUUUUAAAUGUUUGAUUCUGUUGAUUUUUGUGUUGUUGUUGUUGUCGUGUAGAGAUUCAUUUCCUCCUGCCAGACAGAAGAGAUGGGUCCUGAUAUCCCGUGAAGCUGAAGCUGACUGGGACCAUCUUUAGCUCAGAACUGCAGUCUGACAGAAAACCUGAAGUUGUUUUUAUUUUUAUUAAAGUUUGAUCAAAACAUGAUGAAAUAAUAAGGUCAUAUGCUGCUUUUAUAGUUUUGAUUAUAAUAGUUUUAUCUAGAUGAAAUGCAAUUUUUUUCAAUCAGAUACGAGCUAAAAUAUUUAUUUACAGUUUUUAUAAACAAUAAAGAUGAUUUCUUCUUAUUAAAUUAUCUGUUUAUUUUGUGUUGUUUACAUGUUUUCAUUCAAUUUUUUCGAUGUUUUCUGUUUUGCUAGUAAUAACCUGAGUUUUAUGUAAACAUAUUAAACAUAUUUAUGAUCAGAAAAAGACCGUUUUCGUCCAGCGCGGCUGUAGUUCUUCUCCGGGCCGCAGGUGGCGCUAGUUUCUCUCUGAUUCUCCGCUCAGAGCAGAAAAAGAAGCGGAAGCACGUGCGGUUUCCUCGCAGCGUGCUGGGGUGAGCGGCAGGCGCGACCCAGAGCACAAAACAACCGGAGGGUUAUCGAUCAGAAAUGACGAAGG